AGGUGAUCCGACAAAAUAUAAAAGGGGAGGAACUCUUAUUUACUGUUCAAGAUGUCCUCAAAAAAGAAGGAUUUGUUUUCAUAUUUAGCUCUUUAUGAUGAAAAUAGGGAAGGACAGUCAUUUGUGCCGCUGUCAAUGGGUGCACCAGGACCAGAGACGUUGAGGGGCUGUAGUCAAAUGCUGGCACAAUCCACCCAAUUACUUUUAGCUGAUGCUAAAGAAGAGCAGUUCACAUUUCAAUAUGGUCCAUGCAAAGGUGACCCAGGCUUCUGUGAGGAACUUGCCAAAUUUCUGACAGAACAGUAUGGGGACACAGUUAACAGUGAAGAUCUCAUGGUGACAGCUGGGGCCACACAAGGCUUGCAUUUGAUUGCUUCUGUUAUGUUUGAUAAAGACACCCCUGUGUUUAUGGAAGAUCCUUCAUACUUCAUAGCAGUCAAAAUACUCACAGAUGACUUUGGAAUGAAUAUAGUACCAAUCCCGACGGGUGAUGACGGAAUAGAUUUAGUGGUAUUAGAGGAACAGUUAAAGAAAUAUCGGCCAGCAUCUACAGAGAAAUGUAAAACACCCUUUUGGAGUAUGGUUUAUACUAUUCCUGUAUUUAACAAUCCCAAGGGAUACUCCAUGUCACCAGAGAAAUGUAAGGCACUGGUGGCACUAGGUCGGAAAUAUGAUGUUCUGUUGUUUGCGGAAGAUGUCUAUAACUUAUUACACUACUCGGGUGAACCCCACCCACCACCAAGACUUCUGUCAUAUGAUAAUAGGUCAGAUGAAGAUUUUCAAGGAAAUGUUUUGUCAAACUGCACAUUUUCCAAAAUUCUUGCCCCAGGAUUGCGGUUGGGUUGGAUAGAGGCACCACCUAGAAUCAUGAAAUAUAUAGAAACAAGUAAAGUGGCAUGGAGUGGUGGCUCGUUUAAUCAUUACACAUCAAAAGUUGUGGCAACAGCUUUGAAGAAGGGUUUCUUAACAUCACAUGUGCAACUACUGAGAAAAGACUACACAGAGAGAAUGAAGGUUGCUUGUGAAGUACUGUCACAAAAACUUCCAGAAUCAGUGAAGUAUAUAAAACCAGAGGGAGGUUUCUUUAUAUGGCUGGAGUUACCUGCCCAUGUUGAUGCCAUGGAACUUUUGCAGCUUGCUGUGGACAAAUAUAAGAUUAACUUUAUAUAUGGUGCAAGCACAUCACCAACAGGAAGUUGUAAGAACUGUGCCAGGUUGUCUAUAAGUUUCUGUAACAAGUCACAGAUACAAGAUGGUGUCACAAAGUUCUGUGAUGCACUGAAAGAAAUGAUGAACACUUAAAUUGAGACCAUUGAAAUAGAUUAUUUUAAUGUGAAUCAAUCAGCUAUAUACUCAAGUGCAAUAGUAACAUGAAUUAAAAAUGUUGUGAUAAUUUGUUUUAACCUAAAUAGUUAGGGAUUUUAUAUUAAUUAGAUUUUAUAACCGUUGUAGAUUCAAAUCUUGCUGCAGCUUUAGAUUCAUUCUUAUAAGGAAGCCAUGUAGCUUGCUGAAAUAAGGUUGAUGGUUUUACUUGAGUGUCUGCAUAUGCCUGAAAUAAUGAAAGGAUGGGCACAUGAGGUUUUCCUACAUCAGUAUAGCUGCAAAGACAUUGUAAAAUCUUUACAGUAUCGAUAUGACUUUAAACUUUUCCUUUCCAUUUAAUUUAUCAAAUAUGUUGUACUAUUUUCUCAAGAGUUCGAAUUGAUAUUGGUUAUAGACUUUUUCUGUUUUCUGAUUUAUUACAGAGCUAGAAAAUAAAGGUGGAAGAAAACCAUUUGAGCAGCGUCACGACAAAACCAACAUAAUGUGUUUGCGACCAGCAUGGAUCCAGACCAGCCUGCGCAUCCGCGCAGUCUGAUCAGGAUCCAUGCUGUUCGCUAUCAGUUUGUCUACCUGUUAUAGGGUUUGUAAACGAACAGCAUGGAUCCUGAUCAGACUGUGUGGAUGCUAAGGCUGGUCUAGAUCCAUGCUGGUCGCAAAACCAUUAUGUUGGUUUUAUCAUGACACAGAUUUUUAUGAUUUAUUGCCAAUAGAUGUUAUCUGGAACUAGGCAAAUGUGGAUUUUCCCCAGUCUAAUCUCGAGGUACAAAAAUAAACUUGCUGUUUUAGCUUCAUAGUGCACUACCUUCACAUAACUUUUAAAGAGAGAUGAAUGUACACGUGUUAGGCUGAUAAGCUUUAUUAUUAGAUUGUAUAUCAAGUAAGUUAAAAUGUAGUUUGAACCUUGGAAUUAGAUGUGGUAAAAAACCCACAUAUGCUGAAAUUCUGAGUAUCUUCAUGUUACAUUAUUCCAGGCGCAUUUUACUAUGUAUCUUGGUAGAACAAAAAUCUUCAAUUAUCACUAUAUUUUUUUAGCUCACCUGAGCACAAAGUGCUUAUAAGUCAGCUUUUUCAAUGGCUAUUUGUCCAAUUUCCAUCAUUAUCCACAGU